AUGAGUCCUACAAGAGUCGGUCAGGUCUUAAUCCUUGAGGAUGUGGAUAAGGGCUACGUAAACAUUCACUGGCUUUAUGUCACUGCACUGAUCGCGGUUCGUCCAAGUAAGAAAUGUGCGCCAUUCCAGGGCGCCACUUCAGAUCUGACGCUGGAAGUCACGUGCUCCCGCGUGGGCAUCCAGGGUAGCUCUCGAUGCUGGAGAGAUCGCCUCGUCAUCUCAGACAGAUGUUCCUGGAGAAGGUAUUGCGGGAGGAAUCGGCCGGGAACACUCCAAACGUGCGGACCCAACGUGCGCCUGAGCUUCCGGAGCGACGGCUACAGGCAGGGCAGGGGCUUCUACUGCGUCAUCACAGCCUCUGGAUCGACAACAACGACUGAUGCUGUGUCAACCACCACUGCUGCUCCGACGACCACCGCCACUGCUGCCCCGACGACCACCGCCACUGCUGCCCCGACGACCACCGCCACUGCUGCCCCAACGACCACCGCCACUGCUGCCCCGACGACCACCACCACUGCUGCCCCGACGACCACAGCAACAGAUGCAACCACAACCUUAGACCCGAACUCUCUUGCUUGCCGCUGUGGCGAGCCCAACAGGAGCAACAGGAUCGUGGGCGGGGUAGCCAACGAAGUGAACGAGUACCCGUGGCUCGUGGGGCUGUCCAGCCCCGGCGGGUCGGACAGGCCCUUCUGCGGCGGCUCCAUCCUCAACAACGAGUGGAUCAUCACCGCCGCCCACUGCGUCGUCGGAACUUCGCCGAGCAGCGUGGACGUCUUGUUCAACAUGCACGACUGGAACAACGGACCGACGCGCAUCAUCACGCGGACCGCCGAUCGCAUCGUCAUUCACCCGAACUACAACACCAACACGCUGGACAACGACAUCGCUUUGGUGCACAUCAGUGAGAAGGUCAGUCUCACCAACUGGCCUGGAAUCAAGCCCGUGUGCUUGCCUUCACUCAACGCAGACUUCACCGGCAGAGACGCCACCGUCACCGGCUGGGGCACCACCUCCUCGGGAGGAACACAGCCGGAGGUCGCGAGGGAGGUGACGAUACCCAUCACGACGCGGACCGAAUGCCAGGCCGUGUACGGAAGUUCCGUCACUCAGAACAUGAUCUGUGCCGGCCUGAGCGAGGGCGGGAAGGACUCCUGCCAAGGUGACAGCGGCGGACCACUGACGGUCGAGGAGACAGACGGACGUCAUUACCUCGCCGGGGUCGUCAGCUGGGGCUCAGGCUGCGCGAGUCCGGGCAGAUUUGGAGUCUACACGGAUCUGCCAAACUAUAUAAAUUGGAUCAACAGCAUCGCCACGACAGGAAAAUAUUGCGGACUUUAAGACGGCAGCACUUCUGAUAAACGGCUUCGGAAUUUGGACAUACGAACCAACAAUGAUUACCCUCUUGCGACCAUAACAAUUUAAACUUUAAACUAGAGAGUGAUAAGAAGAAUGACAAUCUGAGUGAAAAUAUUUUGCAAAAUAAUAGUGUACUGACUGGAUAAACAAAACCAGAGAAUAAGACGCAUUUACCUUCA